UUUCGGUAGUGAGCCAGAAGAGGUCCAUUUCUAUUUUUUUGCAUUGGGAAGAUCUUCUGUUCCUCUCCUAUCUCUUCUUUUUAAAUAGGUGGUUUAGACGGCAGAGGCAUAUAACAAACAUGGCGUCGUUUAGUCUAAACAACAUUAAUAAAUUUAUGAAUUCAGAUAUAAUAGAAUGUGUGCUGUGUGAUUAACGUUUUUAUGGUAUUGCAGCCUUAGAACAUCCCUGUAGGGACGAUAACCUGGAUAAAUAUAAAAACUACAUGAACAAUCAAAAACAUCCUCACAUAAGAUUUAACCCUUUGAAGGAUGAAUGGGUAACAGUUUCUCCACAUCGUAUGAAGCGACCAUGGCAAGGACAAGUAGAAAAACCCCAGGAAUCUGAAGUUCCCAGAUUUGAUCCAAAGAAUCCUCUUUGUCCAGGAGUAACCAGACCAAAUGGAAAAGUUACCCCAGAAUAUGACAGUACAUAUGUAUUUACAAACGAUUUUCCAGCAUUACUAGAGGAAGGACCUGCACCAGCACCAAGUGAUGAUCCUUUAUUCCAAGCAGCGGCAGGAUUUGGGACAUGUAAAGUAAUAUGUUUUCAUCCUCACUCUGAUGUCACUCUGCCAAUCAUGUCAAAAGAGGAGGUACGAGCUGUGAUUGACAAGUGGGCAGAGAUCAAUGUAGAUCUUGGCAAGAAGUACACAUGGGUGCAGAUUUUUGAAAAUAAAGGAAGUAUUAACGGAUGUUCUAAUCCACACCCUCACUGCCAGGUUUGGGCUAGUUCUUUCUUGCCUAAUGAACCAAUGGUAAAAAAUAGAACACAAAAACAGUAUUACACAAAACAUGGAACGCCUAUGCUAGUGGAUUAUGUUAAAAAAGAACUUCAAAAACAGGAGAGAAUAGUUUUACAGAAUGAUCAUUGGGUGUGGCUUGUACCAUACUGGGCUGUGUGGCCAUAUGAAACCAUGCUAUUACCACAACGACAUGUACUUAGGCUAGAAGAUCUAACCAAUGAAGAAAGAGAUGCUUUAGCAGAUAUAACCAAACAGCUGUUGACAAAAUAUGAUAACAUGUUUGAAGUCUCUUUCCCCUAUUCCAUGGGAUGGCAUGGUGCCCCAACAGGACCACGAUUGAAAGAUGACAAUCAACAUUGGCAGUUACAUGCCAUGUAUUAUCCCCCUUUAUUGAGGUCUGCAACAGUAAAGAAAUUUAUGGUUGGGUAUGAAAUGUUGGCACAACCUCAGCGGGAUCUUACAGCUGAACAGGCAGCAGAGAAACUUAGAAAACUACCAGAUAUACAUUACAAACUUAGAUAGACUUUUUUAUUUUAAAUGAUGGUAGUCUUUUGUAGAAAAAUAUUGUGAGGGAAGACAUUUAUAAAAAAAAUAUAUUGUGAUGGCAAUCAUUUGUAUAAAAUAUAAAUUGUGACGGCAGAAUUUUGUUGAAAUAAAUUUUGAGGGAAGACUUUUGUAGAAAAUAUUGUGAGGGAUAAUUAAUUGUAAUGGCAGGCAUUAGUAUGAAAAAAGUGUGAGGGAAGACUUUUGUAUGAAAAAAAUAAACUGUGAUGGCAGAGUUUUGUAUAAAGAAAACAUUGUGAUUACAGAAACAUAUUUUUGAGAACUGUACUGUGAUAUGCAAGAUUUGUCUAUCAUCUUUUGUCAAAUACUAAUAAUCUGUGGAUUAAAAUUAUAUUUGUGCUAAAA